AUGGCCACGAUCGGAAUCACCCAAGCUCAGCACGUCAACGCCUUGAUGCUCACCGACGCCCCGACGGAGACGCUCGCGACAAGAACUCAACGCCUCAUCCAAGCUGUAAACGACAAGUGCAGCAGCAGAGCCCUCGGACCACACGUGACGCCGAACGCUGGGUGGCUCAGCUGGCUUGCAACGACAGUCGACGCCUUCAAGUUUGGCCCGCUGCCAAGCCCGACUCUCAAGCCGCCAUGGCUGGUUCGCCUGCACAAUGCGCCGAAGCAGUUGACCCAGAUGACAUCGGCCGACGCCCGCUGCAGCCGUGCCCCGCCAAGGACAAACUUCCAGCUCCCGACCCGCCGUUUGGACGUCGACGACGACUUUUACAAGACGCCUGCCGCUAUCGCCUCCGCUUCCGAGCUCCGACUACCCGACGCCAUCUUACCCAAGUACGCCGACUUCGUCUACCAAGUGAUGCUCCGCGCCGUCAAGUUCCGUGCUCAUUUGCACUGGCUCAACAGGGCCGACCAAGCGUGUCUCUUUUUCCCCGAGCACAAGACGUACCGCCACUUCCUCGUAGACUGCGAGUUCAUCAAGGACGUGUGGAACACGCUCCAUGCGGUCACGGCCCCCUUGGGUGUAGUCUUGCCAACUACACUUUCGGGCUACCUUUACUCGACGCCGAAGACGGCCUCCAACACGCACCGAGCCGCGUUCCGUUAUCUCUGGUCAGUGCUCCGCGCCUGCGCGGCGCGUGUCGCUCAAAUGCACUUGCAUCACAGCCUCGUUCAAGAGCCCAGGCAGAUGGCUCUCCGUCGCCUUCUCCGGCUCCUCGCCCAACACGGGUGGCCGCGACAACACCUUGUCCCGCGGAUCGCGCUCCUGCCUCCGCCGAUCUAG